AUGGGGUCUCCCGGUGUCGCGAGCUUCGACGAUGCUAUCUCUCCUCUACGCCAGGCGCCCCCAGAUCCAACACCGUUUACGUACAACCUCUGGGGUCUUCCGACACGUUUAACGGUCUUUCUUCUUGCGCUCCAUCUUUUCGCUUCUGUCAAGAUCAUCCUCCGCAUUGACCGCAUUCCCGGAACAACCUUCUUUUCCCUCGACCAACACCCCGACGAGCCCCAUGACAAACAAGCUUGGGUUACCGCGGGCACACAACCUUUCGCCGAUGCUAGGCAGGUGUCAACGAGGAGCAUCAAGUCCCCGAUCGCCACGCGGCACACCGCCUACGAACAAACCCGAACCAUCCACAAACGAGCCGCCUACGAACGCUCUGCGCUCAUAAGAACCGUCUACGAGCCCAUGGCUGGUGCUUGUAUGACGUUCCUAUGUCUCUACACGCAGGAGCACGCGCGACCUAUCUAUCACUGCGAUGAGAGAUUUCCUUCGAAUGUCAGAAUGGACACCACCCGUUGUCAUGAAGGUGCCAAGGGCGUGACAACCGACACCGGGAACCGGGAGAUAGAACACUACCAGUCAGUGACAAGGAAGAACAAGAGAAGAGCGAGGCAUAGAAGCGCUGAGCACGGCAAGGUUUUGAUUCAGACACAAGCACACACAAGCCCAAGGCCUACCCCAUGCGCAGACGAGUACCUCUGCUGUGGCUUUACCGUCAACGUCAGCACUCUGCCCAGGAGAGCACCUCAUCGCGGCCGCACUCUCCCCGGCUUUGCGGCCGUUGCUCCUGUUGAGCCACGCGAGGGUCAUGCAAAGGGUUCGACUGCCUACUACCCGGUCUUCGAACGGCCACGAAUGAACAACAAGGAGGACAAGACGCAAACGAGCGAGGCCCGGAUGGGACCCAAAGCGAAGGGCUCAUAUUAUUCCCCCGACGCACUCGCCACCAUGGUCGCCAUGCUCUCUAGCACCUACACCGACAUCGUCACCGUGACCAUCAUCCCCGCUACCGACCUGAUCACUUUCACCGCCACCGCGACACUCACCGUCUCCGCCAUCAAGACGGCCCAAGCCGCCUCCAGCCCGGUCUCCAUCGUCCCUCUCAUCUGCAAACCCCGUAACAACGUCAUUGCCUGGCAGACCUUCACCUCGAUCCCGUCCGGCACCAGCGGCGCGCUCACGCCCACUUGGACGCUCGACUGCAACGAGUAUCUCGAGCUGACGGAGUUGGAGUCGAGCACAAAAAGCCACCUGGACGCUCAGUCGACUGAGUGCCAGGACAGUCCAGCAGUCCCGGUUGACAAGCGCACCGACGCCAUCACCACCCUCGAGGCCCGCAAAAUCUCCACUAGCGCUCCCCAGCCAGGAAGAUGUCAAGAAGAAGCGCAAGGCGGAGGCUCAGGGUGGCCGGGUGAUAAACGCGUGUAUCUAGGUAGAGGAAGUCAGCUGUAUCAGUGGCGGAUGAUGAGUUUGGCUGGGGAUGAGAGGAUAUGUAGUGAACGUGAGGUUGAGAAGAGUACAAUCAAGCUCCCGCCAGCCAGCCAGCAUCUCAAUCCAAGCACACGCCUCCCACCAAGAUACAAUCCCUACCUGACCAGAAUGAAGCUCACCACCCACCACCUCCUCUCCCUCUUCAUCGCCAUCGCGGCCGCGGCGCCCAUCGACAAGCGCGGUGAUGACAAGAACGUUGUUCAGGGCAUGUAUCUAGCUAGGGAAAAGACCUGGGUAGUAAAGGUGGAGGAUGAGGUGCUGUUUGAUUUCAGCCCGUAG